AUGGCGCUUAUUGGCAAUUCAUUUAGACCGUAUCUGUACAAAAGGUCGCCUUGCUCUGGCAAUAUCCUUUUGUGGUCUGAAAUAGAGGAUGAUUCUCCUUUACCAAGAAGAAAGUUCGAUCCUCCGGAUCCCGAGUCUAUUGUCCGGCAUAGAACACAGUGUGCUAUCAACAGGAACAGUUCCUCGAUAUUCCGGACAGUCAAGGUUGUGAGGCUCGUCAAGGCAUGCAGAGAUGGCCUAUUAAGCCUGUUGCUGCCUGUUCAUCGAACGCUUAUGUAUGAGGCAACUAUCUUGUGGCUUGUCCUUGCUUCGAGAGGAAAAUGUAACAAUUCUUCGCCAGUCAGUAGCUGGUUGUUAGGCGUGUUCUGGGUCCGAUGGAAAGGGGUUUCCAAAGAUGAUUCGCGCUCCUAUGAAGGCGCCUCGGAUAGCACCAGGGAGACACAUGGCACAUCGAGAAGCCUACAGGAGAUGGGUGCUCUUUGUGCGGAAGCCUUUCACGAUCAUCCGAUCGAAGCUCUCUUCGAACAUAGUCGUCAUGGACGCUAUAGGUCGCCGCAUGAUGAAGCUGAUAUAGUCGGUUCUUAUUUAAGCAUGAAACUGAGGGUUGUUCUGAGCAACAUCAUGGCAACGGUGAUAUCGUCACGGUAG